AUGAUUAACGUACCAUAUGAAAGCAACAGCUCUUAUGUCUACGAUGACCUAUUCCCUGCUUUGCCGCAAUCUCAACCACCUGUUCAACGGAACACACAACAAGUGUCUAACAAGCUGCGAGUUGGCUCUUCUCUUCACACCCAAGUAUUCCAUGUUCCCUAUGAAGAGAGAAAAUUAGACAAUGCCAAUACGUUCGGCGAGGGUGAAUCAUUACGUACAUGUCAAGCUAUUACCAAGGACACUGGAGCUCACAUUGAGAUAUCAACUAGCAAGGAUGGGAGCCUUACCUUUUUGAUUACCGGAAAGCAUAGUGCGGUUCUAGACGCACGACGCCUUAUUUUAACCCAUUUUCAACAACAGGCAAGCAAACAAAUUUCAAUCCCUAAAGAGCACCACCGCUGGAUUUUGGGAAAGCAAGGUGUAAAGCUUAAGAAAUUGGAAAAAAUGACUGCAACAAAAGUCACUGUACCUAGUAUUGCAGAUAAUAGUGAGAUCAUAACUAUUACUGGUACUAAAGAGGGAAUUGAGACUGCAGAGCAUGAGAUAAGAGUGUGCUCUGAAGAGCAGUCACGUAAAGCUUUAGAGAGGAUCACUGUGCCGAAGAUCUAUCAUCCUUUCAUUUUGGGACCAUUCGGCGAACGCGUGGCGGCGCUAAGCGCCGAAACCGGAGCUCGUGUCCACAUCCCACCUCAAUCUACACAGAGUGAUGAAAUAGUUGUUGCAGGAGAAAAAACUGGAGUGCUUGCUGCAAAAGCUCAGAUAGAACAAAUUUAUGAAGAAAUGGCUAAGAAGUGUUCAACUGUCCGUGUAGAAGUGCCUAAAUCGCAACAUAAAUAUGUUAUUGGAACUCGGGGAACAACAAUACAAGAAAUUUUAAGAGAAACUGGUGUAUCUGUUGAAAUGCCUCCUCCUGACUCACCAACUGGUACUAUAACACUUCACGGGCCUCAUAAUAAAAUUGGAUUAGCAUUAUCGAAGGUAUGCGAAAAAGCGAAUUCCGUGAAAACAGCUACUGUCGAUGCACCAACAUGGAUUCACAAAUAUAUUAUUGGCAAAAAUGGAUCCAACAUUAAAAAGAUUACUCAGGACUUCUCCAAGGUACAUGUUGACAUAACGCAUUCAGAGGAUAAAGUCAAAAUUGAUGGACCUCCCGAAGAGGUAGAACGCGCUCAAGUCGAACUAGAUGAGUUUGUAAAAAAUUUGCUUGCGACGCUGACAUACGUAGAACUUACGGUUGAUCCUAAAUUUUUCAAACACAUCAUUGGAAAAAGUGGAUCAAACAUUAACAGGCUGAAGGAUGAGACUGGUGUCAUUAUUAAUAUAAUAGAAAAUGAAGGUAACAACGUGAUCCGCAUUGAAGGUAGCCAUCAUGGCGUAGCUGAUGCCGAAAGAGAAUUAAGGGACAUGGUAAACAAAUUGGAAAACGAGAGGACAAAAGAAGUUUACGUCGACCACAGGUAUAUUAAGUCAUUGAUCGGAGUAAGAGGUGAAAAGAUUAAGGAGAUUCGAGAGAAAUUUGAACGUGUUCUUAUCACAUUGCCUGACCAGGGGCAAAAGAGGAGCCCAAUUAAACUGAGGGGCCCGCAAGAAGAUGUCGAUAAGUGCGAGAAAUAUCUCCACAAACUAAUGAAGGAAAUUGCGGAGUCCUCGUACGUCCAAGAAGUGCCUAUAUUCAAACAGUUCCAUAAAUUUAUUAUUGGUAAGGGUGGCGCAAAUCUAAGAAAAAUUAGAGACGAAACUCAAACUGCUAUAGAUCUCCCAGCGGAAGGUGACGACAGUGACGUAAUUACUGUGAGAGGUAAACGGGAAAACGUCGAGGAGGCAGUGAAGAGGAUACAACAGAUUCACAACGAGAAAGCGAACAUUGUUACUGAGGAGGUUACCAUUGCACCCAAAUACUACAACUAUUUGAUUGGUGCAGGAGGUAAACUGAUACAUUCCAUUAUGGAGGAGUGUGGUGGAGUCCUUAUCAUUUUCCCACCAGCAGAGAGUGACAGUGAUAAGGUAAUUAUCAAAGGGCCAGUGGAAGAUGUGGAAAAGGCAAAACAGCAACUGUUAGCACAUGCGUCCGAACGCGAACUGGCUUCGCAUACAGCAACGGUCCGCGCAAAGCCCGAACACCACAAGUUCCUCAUCGGUAAGAGCGGUGCAAAUAUCAAGAAGAUUCGCGAACAGACGGGUGCCCGUAUUAUCUUCCCUACUGAGAAGGACGAAGAUAAGGAAGCCAUAUUUAUUAUUGGUCGCGAAGAUCAAGUUGAAGCGGCACGAAAGCAACUAGAAGCUGCAGUGGCCGACAUCAGCAAUGUAUCUGAGGGAGAGAUGUUCGUUGAUCCACGUCACCACAGGCACUUUGUGGCUCGCCGCGGUGAAGUGCUUAGAAGAAUUGCGGACGAAUGUGGUGGAGUACAAAUCUCCUUCCCGCGUCAGGGCGUUGCCAGCGACCGAGUUGUACUUAAGGGACCGAAAGAAUGUAUAGAAGCUGCCAAAAUACGCAUGAACGAAAUUAUUGAAGACUUAGAAGCUAAGGUUACAAUUGACUGUGUCAUUCCACAAAAGCAUCACAGAACUGUAAUGGGCGCACGAGGUGCUAAAGUGAAAGACAUCACAGCUGAGUAUGAUGUACAAAUAAAAUUCCCGGAACGGGAUACAACAGAAGGUGCUGACAUUCCAGUGAGAAACGAAGAAAGUUCGGAGCCAGGACCUAAUGACAUUAUUAAAAUAACGGGACGGCCCAAAAACUGCGAGGAUGCUAAACAAGCUCUUCUUGAUCAGGUUCCAAUAACUAUAGAUGUUGAGGUACCAAACGAUUUGCACAGAUUACUUGCUGGUCAAAAGAGAAGAGAUUUGAUGCAAACUUAUGACGUGCACAUCCUUAUGCCGCCAAAUGAAGAAAUAACUGAUAUUGUAAAGGUGACUGGAACUCCCACAAAUGUUGAGAAAGCUAAGGAAGCUCUCUUGGAGAAAAUUGUUGAAAUGGAGAAAGAGAAAGAAGAUAGGCUACUAAGGUCAUAUGAGCUGAAAUUCGAAGUAGAUCCAGAGUAUCACCCUCUUGUCAUUGGAAAAGGUGGUUCAGUGAUCACUAAGAUUCGUACUGAUUAUGGAGUACAAAUAAAUUUGUCCAAGCGGGGAGAGCCUGACGAUAACAUCAUUACCAUUCAGGGCUACGAGGAUAAGGCGCACCAAGCCAAGGAAGCGAUUAUGGCUAUCGUACAUCAACUGGAUAACCAAUACAGAGAAGAGGUAGAGAUUGACCCCAGAGUUCACAGGAGGCUUAUCGGUCAAAGGGGCAAAAACAUUCGACGCAUUAUGGAUGACUAUAAAGUGGAAAUUCGCUUCCCGAAGCAGGGCGAUGACAGCACCGUUGUCAUCACCGGUGAUGAAGAUAACGUUCUUGACGCUAGAGACCAUCUCCUGAAUUUGGCUGAAGAAUAUCUGCAAGAUGUAGCUGAUCGUUACCAACGACCAGCGGCGCCAUCGCUAGCCGACUUCGGUGAAGUUCUGAGUGGAGAAAAUGCAACCAACGUUAACGCAAGUGCCAAUAACCCGCCGUCUACAGGGUUUGUGGUGAAGGGUGGGCCGUGGGAGCAGCGCGCACCUGACACGGCGUCAACCCACGAGUUCCCCAUUAUGCCAGGUGGACCCCGUCCCGCAGCGCAGCCCACUUCAGCUCCGCCUGCUUGGGGACCGCGCCGUUAA